ACAGUUGGGAGAUUGCUUGGUUUUCAGACAUGAAGGAGAAAUGGAGUUUGAAGUUUCCAUCUUUGGUUCAAAUAAGUGUGAGAGAGAGUAUGAAGGAGAAGAGGAAAUCAAUCAUACUUGCAAGAAUUUCACAUCACAAGGCGCAUCGAGUCAUGAAGAGAAUUGGGAUCAAACCAAGUGAAAACGAGGCAAAAAGAGCUGAAACGAAGAACUGGAAUUUCUGCCCAGUGAAAUACCCUUCGCGAUCGCGAUGUGGACUCGCGCAAUUGCGAUGGCACGCUUGUCAUACUUUACACGAUCGCAUGGGACCUGCCUGCGAUCGCGAUGAAGUAAUUCUGGGCAAAUUCGGGCAGUUUAGGAAUUUCACGAUUUUGUUAUCCCAAACCAAAUAAAACUCGACCACAGCUCGUUGGAGAGACAUCUUUGGCAGAAAACACAUUUUUGGAGGCUAGGGUUUUUACACCACACUUUGGGGUUGAAGAUUUGAAGAUUUGGGUUGAGAACUUUCUUAAACUUUUCUCUAUUUCUUUGAUUCCUUGCUUUGUAAUGAAUAUUUAAGUGUGUAGUACUUAUUUUCUUCACUUGAAUCUUGCUUGUGGAAAUAUUCUAUGAUUAAAGUGUUGGAUGAAACUCUUGUUUUACUUAUCUAUUGAAUGAUUUUUAUUGCUAAUGAAGUGAGUUAAUGUUGUUUUAAUUAAUCUUGUUCUUUAAUGUUUCUUAAGGAAUUAGCCAACCCUAAGACCCGCCCAUUUACUUCGAUUUGAGCUCGGAAGAGGAAAAUUGAGGUUGAGAAAUAUUAAUUAACAAAUUUGGGGCUUUAAAACCCAUCUAAUAACUUGAGCUAGGAAUAGGAUAGUUACUUGAGAUUAUAUUGAUUGUGCUUGAUAUCACACUCUAAGACUUGGAAAAGCUUAGAGUGAAAUUCAUUGAAUUGGUUGGAAGACUUUCAAUGAGAUUUUAUAAAUCAUUAUCUAAUUAGCAUAAACUCACUCUUAGUUGUAAAAUCGUGAAAUACAUUGGAUCGUUACUUGAGCGUAAUUUCCUUUGUAUCCAUACUUGUGGCCAUUGAUCAUUUUACCCGCUUUCUAGUUAGUUUUAUCUUUGUUAGUUGUUAAACCAAAAAUCAAAUAUUAAAAAAGUGUUUGGCUUAGCUUAGUUGGUGAUAAUUCCUUACUUAUUUAAAUUGCCUUUAUAUUGUUCCUUGUGGAUUCGACCCCGACUCAUAAUUGGAUGAAUUAUAUUGCGACGACCGUGUACACUUUCUCUUUGAGGAGUAGAUUUGGACGUUAUUAACAUGGAAAAGGCAUACGGCAAAGUUCCAAGGGAGAUUCUAUGACGAUGCUUGGAGGCUAGAGGUAGGGCUAUCAAGGACAUGUAUGAUGGAGCCAAGAUCAGGGUAAAGACAGUGAGAGGUGAUUCAGAGCACUUUCGAUGGUGAUGGGGUUAUAUCAGGGACCAGCUCUUAGCCCUUUCCUAUUUGCCUUAGUGAUGGAUGGACUGAUGCGGCAAAUUCAAGGUGAGGUGUCAUGGUGUAUGUUAUUCACAGAUGACAUAGUUUUGAUUGACGAGACUCCCGGUGGAGUUAACGCUAAGCUGGAGGUUUGGAGACGGACUCUGGAGUCUAAAGGGCUCAGAUUGAGUACGACCAAGGCAGAGUACAUGAAGUGCAAGUUCAGUAACGUAACGCAUGAGGCUGGCAUGGAAGUGAGGCUUGGUAACCAGGCCAUUCAACAAAAAGGAAGUUUCAAGUAUCUUGGGUCUAUUAUCCAAAGAAAUGGAGAGACUAACGAUGAUGUCACACAUCGUAUUGGGGCAGGGUGGAUGAAAUAGAGGCUUGCAUAUGGGGUUUUGUGAGAUAAGAAGGUGCCCCCAAAAUUUAAAGGCAAGUUCUACAGGGUGGUGGUUAGACUGAUGCUGUUGUAUAGGCGGAGUGUUAGCCAGUCAAGAACACUCACGUUCUGAAGAUGAAAGUUGCGGAAAUGAGGAUGUUACGAUGGAUGUGUGGGCAUACUAGGAGAGAUAGGAUUAGAAAUGAAGAGAUACAGGACAAGGUGGGAGUGACGUCAGUGGAAGAUAUGAUGCGGGAAGUGAGUCUCAGAUGAUUCAGGCAUGUGCAGAGGAGAUGCACGGAUGCCCCCAAUGCGGAGGUGUGAGAUGUUGGCUAUGGACGGUUUUCUAAGAGGCAGAGGUAGGCUGAAGAAGUAUUGGGGAUAGGUGAUUAGACAGGACAUGGUGCAGGUCCAGCUUACCAAGGACAUGACCUUAGAUAAGAGGUUAUGGAGGACGCGGAUUAGGGUAGAAAGUUAGUGAGUAGUCGAGUGCUAUCCUUUCAUACUAGUAACCUUAGUAUUAUUCUUGUAGUUCCUUGUCCUUUGAUUUCUGUUACGUGUAUUAUCUGUUGUUCCUUGUUCUUCAAUUAAUGAAUUAUUUUGUGGUAGUUACGGCCUUUUUUUUUUUUUUUUUUCCAGUCAGCUUUAUGAAGCUCCGUAGUAUUUUGCCAUUGAUUAUAUUAUGUAUACAUCUUUAAAUUGCUUGUUCUUGUGCCGAGGGUCUACCGGAAACAACCUCUCUACCUCCCAAGUUAGGUGUAAGGUCUGCGUACAAUCUACCCUCCCCAGACCCCACUUUGUGGGAUUUCACUGGGUAUGUUGUUGUUGGAGAUUUUACGAUUUGAGAGCAAACGCAUCACUUCAGCCCGAAGGAAAGAAGCCUAAUUUGGAUGCUAAAAGUGUUUCAGCCCGAAGGAAAGAAGCAAAUAUACCUGCUUCAACAUCUGCUAAUGCUAACAGUCAAUUUGUUUCUAGUAUUAGGGCUUAUUCCAUCAGCAGACCUUAUUUUCAUCUUCCAUUGGCUUUUGCAAGAUCAAAUGGCUUGAUGGGACGUUGUGAGAUGAUUCUCAGAGAUGAGAAACGGAGAUCAUGGUCAGUGCAGAUAGGACCAGUGGGACCUCAGUUUGCAAUUACCAGGGGAUGGCGACAGUUCAGAGAAGCAAAUGGUGUCCAAUUAGGAGAUACUUAUAAGUUUGAACUCAUUGACAAUGGAAUGUUACCUAUAGCGUAUUUCCAUUAUUUGAGAGCAAAUGCAUCACUUCAGCGCGAAGGAAAGAAGCCUAAUUUGGAUGCUAAAAGAGUUUCAGCCCGAAGGAAAGAAGCAAAUGCAUCUGCUUCGAUAUUUGCUAAUGCUAAGCGCCAAUUUAUUUCUACUAUUAAGCCUUAUUCCAUCAGCAGAAAUAUUCUCUAUCUUCCAUCAGCUUUUGCAAAAUUAAAUGGCUUGGUGAAUAGACGUUGUGAGAUGAUUCUCAGAGAUGAGAAACAUAAAUCAUGGUCAGUGCAGCUAGUACCAAUGGUACAUCACAUUACAAUUACCAGGGGAUGGCGACAGUUCAGAGAAGCAAAUGAUGUCCAAGUAGGAGAUACCUAUAAGUUUGAACUCAUCGACAAUGGCAAAUCACCUAUAGCAUAUUUCCAUAAUUUGAGAGCAAAUGCAUCACUUCAGCUCGAAGGAAAGAAGCCUAAUUUGGAUGCUAAAAGAGUUUCAGCCCGAAGAAAAGAAGCAAAUGCAUCUGCUUUGAUAAUUGCUAAUGCUAACCGCCAAUUUAUUUCUACUAUUAAGCCUUAUUACAUCAGCAGAAAUGUUCUCUAUCUUCCAUCGCCUUUUGCAAAAUCAAAUGGCGUGAUGAAUAGAUGAUGUCAGAUGAUUCUCAGAGAUGAGAAACAGAGAUCAUGGCCGGUGCAGCCAGGAACAAUGGGACAUCACUUUGCAAUUACCAAGGGUUGGCAACAGUUCAGAGAAGCAAACGGUGUCAAAGUAGGAGAUACUUAUAAGUUUGAACUCAUCGACAAUGGAACAUUUUCCUAUAGCAUAUUCUCAUUGUAAAUAUUCUGGGAAGGAUGGCAAGCUUCAGAGAAGCCAUUGGCAAGGCAAAGCUGCUGUUGGUGAUCUGCAAGAGAACGAGCAUAGAAGACUAAUGUUUUUCCUUACACAAGUAGCCUGUCGGAUUCAUUAUUUACUUUUCCUAGUAAAUAAUGAAUACACGAUUGUACACAUAUUGUAUAGAAUAUACACGAAUCACGAUUAUGCACAUAUUACACAUUUGUCGUCUUUCUUUAGUUUAACUGUUGAGUGUGUGAUUAUUUUUUUAUUUUUUUAAAUCUAGUAUAUGUUGCCCGAUAGCUCAUACAAAAAAAUGUACCUUGGUUUUAGUUGAAGUGUAUCAUAAAGAUUUACUUACAAUAUUAUCUUACAAGUGA